AGGUGGAAUUCCUUUUUCCUACACUGUAAAAAAUUUCCGGGAUUUCACAAGAUGUAACAGUAAUAUUUCACAGUAACUUACAUUAUUAGCAUUUCACAGGCAUUAACUGUGAUAUUUCACAAUAUAGUACAGUGUUGAGACUUUUAUUGUAAAAAUAAUGCCAUCAGCGAAAUUACAGGAAGCGGCUGUGACUUUCCUCCCGCGCUGGCGCUAUCUUUGAGUUUUCUCAUCUCUGCGGAUUCAGUGGUUCUUCCCACAGCAUCUCACAGCGGUAAGCUAACCACUGGGGAAUAAAGUUGUGAGAGGCAGUUUAAGCUAAAUGUGACAGAGGUAGCGGGAAAAGGCAGGACAAGUAGAGCAAGCUGCUUUGAAAAUGGAUGAAGUAAUGCUGAAGGAAUUGGUGUUGUCAUUCUUACCGGGUCUCUCUGAUGAAACUCUGACUUCACUCCUGAAUGGGUUGCAAGAACUUGGUGUGGAAAACAAGGAAGACCUUGCUUUGGUACAAGAGAAAGAUAUAGUGAAAUACAUUCGACCUAUUCAGUGUCGAAAGUUACUCCAUGGCUUUAAAGGACUUGAAAUAGUUCAGUUGGAACUAUUUCCUGUUACCUCUCCAACUUUUGCAGCCAGCACCUUGAACACUCCUUGCACCAUACCUGUCAGAACUCAAGAUACUAUUUCGUCUUCAUCUUCACAACUUGGCAAACCAUGGCAUGCAGACUUCCAGGUUAACUGGGAUAGGAUGCCAGCAGCAAUUGCAAGAGCAUUAGCAAAUAAAACAAGACCAUCCCCCAGCGAUAGAAAAGAUAUGGUGAAGGCAGUGGUUGAUCAGAUGCUGGAACAUGACUCUAACCCAUCCAGAGCAAUUUGUCACAAUAUUGUUCGAAGCAUUGUAAGAAGCCAUGCAAAUUGUUUUGCAGAUGUUGCAAAAAAUGGAGACAUUCUUGGAGAUGGUUGUUACUCUCUUUUGCAACAAAUUAAAACUCGAGUGGAAUACAAAAACAGGAACAAUACUCUUGUGAGACGACGCAGAGAGAGAAGGCCACAAAGUAAGGGAGCAAAUGAAGGCAUGAUAAGAGGCCCUGUAGAUCAGUAUGGCUGUGUAAGGUGGAGUCCUGUAGAAUUUCCUCCUGGUGAAACUGAGGCAUCAUUACAUGCCAUGAAAAGUUAUCUCCUUGACAUCUACUCAGAGGAAGGCAUAGUUGGUGCAGAGAGAGCUGAACCUCUGAUGGAGAAGACCUACGUCAUCCAGCGACGCUAUCUUAAUAGUAUGCCUGCACCAGCCAUUGCAGUGGUUAUGGAGAGAUGGCCGUAUCUCUUCUCACUAAAAGGUAUUUUUUCACACUUCACUCUUCUAACGGAUGUCCCUAUCCUUAUGAAGUUGCGAAAGGCCCUGGAUAAGAACUACAACACCAUCCUAAAGUUCUUCCAAGGAGUCAACUACCAGGGAGUGAAAGAUGUUUUGGCUACUUUUGAACCAGAGGCAUCAGAUAAGACUGCAAUCGUUCUACUUCUUCUGAUGGCUUACUUCAAAGAGCCAAAGGAUUCCAUUGUGCUUGAUGUUGAUCCUUUUGCCACAGCCACUGAUAUUGAAAGGACUGUGACACUACCAAGCACCCCUUGCUUGAUUGUCCAAGGUGACACAUUGACGCCGAGGGCAUGGAUGCUGUCGCUGGAGGGUCAAGUGGUCAUGGGACCUCACCCUGACUUUACAACUGGUCUGGCGGCCACUUUUGCCAGCUACUAUAAUUUUAAUUUAAAGUAUGCUGACAGCGGUUCUUGCACUCUGGAAUUCAUUCAAAGGCGAUUUUUGGGCAUUAAUCCGGAGACAGGCACAAAGUCAAAGAAGCAGAAAGGACUCAUCAACCAGCAAGUCUGUACAUUAAUAAGAAAACUUAUUGAUUUUGAAUGGAUGUCAGUCUAGUGUGAUCCAAAAUUUUGUUCUUUGUUUAGCUAGGCAGUUAUGCACUUUGACACUUACUAUGUUCUUUGUUUAGCUAGGCAGUUAUGCACUUUACUACUUACUUUGUUCUAUAUUGUCUCUUUGUUCAAUAAAGAAACACUAUGCUGUAAAAAGCCUUGUUGCAAUUACAUUUUAAUGAAGUUGAAUCAACUUGAAAUUACAAUUCACUUAAACUUUUUUGACAGGUGAGGAGUUGCUAUUAAUAAUAAAAAUAAACUUAAAAUAACUUAAGCUAAUUAAAAUUCAUUUUUAUAAUUUAUAGCAACUCCUCAUUGGUCAAGAAGGUGAAAUUUAAUAGUAACUUCAAAGUAAAG